CCGGUGGUGUCAGUCAUCAACCGUGGAGACUUCAAAAAAUGACCGUGAAUUACUGAGUAGGUUUUCAAUUGUCGUGAAAUGCUCGAAUAAGGAACCGCAGUUAUGAAGGUUGAAUGGGGUUCUCGGGUGACGGCUCGCUCACGUCGCCCCGCAAACCGAGCGCCUUUGGCCGCAGUCCGAAGGAGCUUUUAGUGGACGUUUGCUAAAUUUAGCCAUUGUGAGCCAAGCUAACACGCUACACUGAAGCUAACGUUGACUGCUAGCAUAAGUUGUUCUUUAACAACAGCGUUGAAGGUUAGUCCCGUGCUAUUGUCAGUGCAAACAUCUGUAGCACAUACACAUUUACAAAUACACCACAUGUACGUUUUAUCCGAAUUCUAAAGGUGCUUCGCUUUCUCCUUUUGUUUACAAAUGUAGCUACAGCACAAUCUGCAGGUUGACGCUCGCUAACGAGCUGUUAAUAGCUAACCAUUUUAUUUUAAACUCGUUUUAUUAAUGCUGCUGUUUGGCAGUUUCUGAGCUACCCACGAGUUCCCAAGUGUUGGUUUGCAGUCUAAACUCCCAGCGUGGACUAAUGUCAUUGUGGAUGAAUAUAUUUCCUUCAGCUCCUGCCCACUUCUAAGCAGUGAGCAGACUUGGGCUACAUGCAACCACCACACUCACACUCUUUAUGAGAUUCUAUCACACUAAUUUUUGUGAUGCUUGUUUUUGAAUAUUUGUUUUCAAUAGAAAUCCAUUGAUUUUUCUGUUAAAUAACAAUACCUGUAAUUCUGGUCCGCUCUCGAAGGAUUCCUUCAAAGUAAAGCUGUCAAGAAAUUGUUGUGGCAGUAUUUUUUCUGAUGGUCAGCGAUGGAUGAAGACGACAGCCAAGAUGAGCUGAUCAACCGCAGCGCGUCCCACAGCAAAGGGAAGAGGACCGCGCUGUGGGACAUCUCAGAUGACUCAGACAGUGGUGAAGAGGAGUCUGAGGAGGGAGAAUCUGACAGUGGUGAGGAAGAAGAAGAAGAAGAAGAGGGGCAUCGAGAUGGAGAGGAUGACGAAGAAGACGACGAUGAGGAGGAGGAAGACGAGGUGGAAGAUGAUGGCGUCGAGGAGGGAGAUACUAAGGCCGAGGAUGGAGCUUCUGGGGGAAUCCCUAUUGAUCUUGCGGAGAUGAGCUCGGAUGAGGAUGCAGAAAAGUGUCCCAUCUGCCUUAACUCAUUCAGCAGCCAGCCUGUUGCAACACCAGAGAGCUGCGAGCACUACUUCUGCCUCGACUGCAUCCUCGCAUGGGCCAAGAAUGCCAACUCUUGUCCCGUAGACCGCAUUGCCUUCAAUAGCAUAUACCUAAGAAAAUGUUAUGGAGGCAAGGUGGAGAAAAUGAUCACGGUACAAAAGCCCGUGAAGGAAGGGCUAGAGGAAGUAAUCGAUGUGGACCUGGAGCAGACCAGAUGUGAAGUCUGUAGGGGGAGUGACCACGAGGACCGUCUCUUGCUCUGCGAUGGCUGUGAUGCUGGGUAUCACAUGGAAUGUCUCACGCCCCCCCUUGACUCUGUUCCUGUGGAGGAAUGGUUCUGCCCUGGAUGUGAAGCCAGCAAUCGUCACUCAAGGGCUUCAGCUGAUGAUGUGAGUGAUGCAGAGAGCCUGCCAUCUACUGCCCGCCCUGCCACCAGUCGCCCCCAGUCCGCCGCUGCAGGUCCCACCAGAGCUAUUGCCCGAACUCAGCAGAGCGAGAGGGUUCGAGCAAACGUCAAUCGCCAUCGCAUCACACAGGCACGCUCAUCGCAGCUGGCUCCCACGUAUCUGAUUCAGUCCAAUUGGCUGGACGAUACUAUCAAUGCCGUUGUGUCCGGGCUCAACACGGCCGUGUAUAUACGGGACUUGACACCUCGUGUCCCAUCCAUCAGCAGGCGCAAGACCGGGAAGCGCAGAGGAAAGGUAAGAAGGAGGAAGACGUCCUCUGCUACGGGUAAAUCCGGUACAGGAGUCCAUAGGCGGAGACGGAAAAUGAGAAGCACUAAAUCCCGAAAAAAUCUGAUGUUGCAAAAGGCUGCCACCCCUCGGGGCCGUAUCGCCAGUAAUCUCAGAAUUGUAAAGGACACAAAGAACUCUUCGCUUCCUACAGUCUACCGGCCGUCAGAGCAAACGCUGAGCAGCAUGCGCGCUGACAUAGGUGCAGCAUCCCUCUCCAUCUAUGGAGAUCCAUUCGACCUGGAUCCAUUUGUGGAUCGUAUCGAUUUGAACAGCGACGGGGAAGGACAGCAGGCCCGUGUUACAACGCUCUUGGAGGCCAAGAGACGAGGAAUCUCUCGCUCCGCUCUUCGCUCCCACCAGCCGGUAGCUCGCCCAGUCACUGCAGGUGUUUCCAGCAGAGGUAUGAAUAUCCACCAAUCAGGGGGCGAUGUGGAGGUUUCUCCUGUACCCGACCUCCUGAGCAGCAUCCUGUCGGGACAGAGUGUCCUCUUGAUGGACAGCUCUGAUGUCGUUAUUAAUCGGGAUGGUACCCUUAAAGCUAUAAACCCAACGAUGCCGUCCGCGUUAAAUCCAAGUUGCAGUAGUUCAGGAGACGCCGGCGCCCAGCUCAGCCCGGGGAUGUCGCCGAACCAGGGAGACGCUGCUCAGUCUUCCAGCUCCAACGGAGACCUCGCGGGGUCCUCCCACAGGUUUAUGAACAGAACUACCCCCCAGAGCUCUUCUCGCUUGCCCCCCCAGAUGCCCUGCUCAGCCAGCCACAUCCACCCACCCUCCCAUUCGGACUUGCCACCCAGAGGUCAUCCGAGGCUCCAGCCGCCUCGUCCAUUAGGACCCACACGCCCUCCUGGUCACUGGAGAAACGUCGGCGUUGAGGAGCCCGAUCCCUCUUUCUCCAUCCACCCUGCGCUCAGCUCCGCCUCCAAGAGUAAGGGAGGGGCCUUAUCCCGGUCCCAGCCUCAAAAAGCAACUACGAAGCCCGCGUGGGUAGAUGUGUCAGUGCUUCCCAGGAUACCAAAAAUAAAAAGGGAGAGCAGUGGCAUCGCACAGGAAGGCACUAGCCACGGCGGCAGCAAUAAAAGCAGCAGUGGCGGCGGCGGGACAGGCAAUGGUAGUAAUUCUGCCAGCGGUAGUAAUGGUUACCGUGUGCCAGAGAUGGGCAUUACCAGCUUUGCUCGGGACAAGGGGAGGCAGCAAAGUGUGAACCGGCAAAAGGGUCGGCCCGAUGGAUCCGGCUCCUCCUCAACCUUCUCCAACUCGUUCUCCUCCUCCUCUUCUUCUUCUUGGUCCCCCGGCGGCUCUUUUGCCAGCCACCCGCGUUACUCCCUUCCUUCCUCGUCAUCGUCGGCGGUAAGCUUCCGCAUUAACUCCAGUGGGAACUCCUGGCAGUCGAGGCAGCUGAGCAGCUCGUCGUCUGCGGCUGCUGGAGGCGGUGCGCAGACACCUCGGAGUGCAAAGGCAGAUGAGGCAAAAAGGCGGCAGAUGCACAGGGACAAAAAUAUGCUGCUGGCAUCACUCGUGCUGGGCAGUAAGGAGCCAGACAGUGAGACCAUCUAUGAUCCCUUUGAUCCCACACUGUCAGACUCCAGCAGCUCAGGUGGCGAAGCUGAGAGCGCAGCCCUGGAGGUGCACGCGCAUCAUCCCGCUUCAGGGAAGCCUCCCGGUUUGGCCAAUAAAAAGGUACUUGUGAAAAGCGAGCGGGACCUCGUUAGUGUGAAAGCUGAAAGGCAGGAGGUCGACGUCUCACAGAAAGAACCAAGAAGAACGGGUGCUCAGCAGAAGGCCAGAUGCUCAGAGGACAAUGUCAAGGUAGAAAAAGAACGUAGAUCAAUAGACAUCAAGACUGAGAAACAAACGUCGUUACUCGCCACUUCCAAAGUGAAGACUGAGCCCGGGUUAGUGGACACAGGAGUAGAUGAAAGGUUUGGUUGCAGCGGAAAAAGUUUCAAGUCAGAGAAAGCGGAUGACGCCACAGCCGCUUAUCAAAGUCUGCGUCCUUUAAAGACUGAGAGAGAGGCCCUCGAGGAGGAGAGUGGACAAAGUGUUGACUGUGAGAGCAGUUCAUCAGCCCCGAGCGCCGCCCCCACCGAGAAGAACCUCAAGCUUGAAACAAAGUCAGAUUCCAAACCCUCUCCCGCGUCAAAAGAUUUAGGCCACGAGAAGAAUUCCUUCAGGGCUGCAAAGGAGAUACGCUGUAGCAGUUCAGAGAGGGACAGAGACGGUAGAGCAGACCAUCGGGCCGCGGGCCAGGAAGGCCGACUGAGAGGGAAGGAGAAGGAAAGAGAACGGAGCUCCAGAGAGACGACGAGAAGGGCGCGCUCGACUUCAGAAAGUUCCCAGUGGAAUUCCCCAGAUGAGACUCGCAAGAAGAGACGGCGGUCCAGAUCCAGAGACAGGAGGCGAUCUAGGUCUGGUUCCAGCUCCAGCAGCAAAGAGCGUUCAAGGAAGAAGAAACCAAAACAAAAGAGCAAGGAGAGCUCUGAUGACCGAGAGAGAGACUGUGACAGAAGACGGGUGUCAACGGACAAGAGACGCGGCCGGUCCAGGUCCAGGUCACAGGAAAAAAAACAUGUACGGUCUUGCUCCAGAUCCCGAUCCCGAUCGAGGGAAAGGAGGAAAGACCACACGCAACUGCAACCAUCGUCCCUCUCCUCCAGAGACAAGGAGUCACAGUCAAGAGAGAGGAAGGGACACGGGUCUAGAUCAAGCUCAAGAGAGAAAAAGAAAGAAGGGUCCCUGUGUCCCUCUAAAGACACAAAACUCUUACAAGGCAAGAAAAAAGACAAGGAUGUCAGUCAAAGCUCCCUCAAAGACGACAAAGCUGCCGCAGCGACUAAACUGAGAUCUGCCGCCACUGAAAUUAGAAAGAAAGACAAAGACGGCUUGAGCGCAACCGUGGAAAUAGUGAAAGAGAUAAAGAUUGAAAAAGAAAUUAAGAAAGAAAAACAACAAUCUCUUGACAUGUUUGAAGACAGCUCUCCUGCGCAACAAAUCAAGAAAGAAGAACCCGACGCUCGUCGUCCGACCGCAGCUAAAAGUGUAGACGAGGAGGGAAGCAGAGAAGACCCCAUUAAGACGGAGAUGUUUGAAAUCAAGACGGAGACCUGUGAAGCCCCCUUCGUUAAAUCUGAGCCAGGUUCCCCAGAGUUGUGCUACUUCACCUCGUCCCCUGCCCCGACCACGGCAGACGCUCCCCGGGAAGCGCCGGCCGCUGCGUCUCACGCAGAGUCCACGGCCCCCGUGGGACAACCGGGCGCCUCUAGGCUGUCUCUCCCUGUGAAGCAGGAAGUUCUGCAUCCCUCAGACGACUACGACUUUAACGUGGACGUCAUGCUGGACAACCUGGUCCGUGUGAAGUCUGAGUGCGCAGGGGAAAGCGCCGCGUGCGUCAAACAAAAGCGGGAGGUCGGAGAGGAGAAGAAAGAACCGGUGUCUGCUGCAGGGGGAGCAAAAGCUAAGGCUCAGGUGAAAAGGGUUACCUGGAACAUACAGGAGCCUGAGGGGCCUCAGCCACAGAAAUCUGCAAGCAAGCUUUCUCUGUACAAAUUGAAGCUGAAGCAGGAAGGAGCUCGCAGACCGUCUUCAACCGUCCAGACCUCCGGUCAGGAAAUCCCCGGAGCUGCCAGACACCCCUCCAAGACCACUGCUGUUGGUCCGCUCAGUUCCUCCUCGACAUCCGAAGGGGAGCAAGGAGACGCGGAGGAAGGGGAUUUGCCGAGGAAAGACCAGUAUUUGAAGAAGCUGCACAUGCAGGAGCGAGCUGUGGAAGAGGUGAAGCUUGCCAUCAAGCCUUUCUACCAGAGGAGGGACAUCGACAAGGACGAGUACAAAGAGAUCCUACGCAAAGCCGUCCAGAAGGUGUGCCACAGCAAGAGUGGGGAGAUCAACCCUGUGAAGGUGGGCAAUCUGGUCAAGGCAUACGUGGACAAAUACAAACACGCAAGGAAACGCAGGAAAGGAGAGGACUCGGGACAGGCACAGGAGGCCGAGGAUGGGAGGACCUCUGACAGCCCAUGAGGGGGCGUAACAGAAAGGCGAGGACGGCUCCAAGCACUAAAUGUUUCACUUUGUGUCCUGCCACCAUCAAACUCGGGCUAACACACUUGUGACGGCUGCUUGAGAUUUGCUCAAAGCUUCGAUAUGGAACACUUCCUGUAAAGUCGAGCUGUCUAUCCUGAAGUUUGAGGACAAACUUUGAAUUUGUUUCCGUUGACCACAUGAUCUCUGCCUGAUGACGUAGUGCGCCUUGACCGGCCCCACUCCGGCUCAGCGACUUCCUGGGAGACCUUGAGGUUGUGCCUUGAAGAGGCAAACCUCAAAGCCCCCUCAUGGAGCACUGAACCAGGGAGGAUGCUGCCUGGGCUUGACUUCCAUGUGUCGGUUUUUUUAUCUGUGGGAUUAAGGAGUAUUUAUCAGUGGCAAACCUGAGAAAUGCGAAGGAUGCACAUCAAAGACAUCCUUCAAAAACAACACUGUUAUGCAAUUUUUGUAGAACAUUUAUGAGUAGGGUAAUUGUUCAAUUUUAGAUUUGGUUGUAAAUAAUAUAGAUUUGAUUUAUAGAUUUAUAUAUAUAUAUAUAUAUAUAAUCUCAACUUUUGUUCCUUUCAUCUGUUUACUGACAUUCUGCCUGUUGCGAAUGACAUAAAUGAUUUGAGUUCAUAGUUGAUUGUGUUUUGUAUUUUAAAGGCUCUGUUGACAUCCCUCGUGGCCAUGAGCUGAAUCUGCUCCAGCAUACUGCAGGCAAACUCUUUCUCAGCAGUUUGAAAGGAACAGUCUCUUCUUUUCAGGCAGAUGCGUUUAUGUUCAGAACAAACCUUUUGAAUCGUAUCUGUUUUUUCAGCAAUUUACUGGUUUUAGAGAACCAGGGAAUGUCGUGUAUUUUUCAAGAUGGUAGGCAUAAACGAACACGUUAACAAAUGGAAAUAAUGAGAAGGAUGAUAUUAAUGUAACAUUUCCUUCAAUGGAUCACCACUCAAGAAUUCAUUGGGUAGAUUUUAUUUGUGCAAGAAAGGGAAUAAUACACACUUCAUGUCUCAGUGGCUGAGCUGCAGUCAGAUUAUUAUAAUGUUCUUAUUUUUUCACCGCCUUACCUGGUGCUCAUGUACACAAACAUUUAAACUACAGGGUUGUUUUUUUAUUUUGUAUUUGAUGUAUAUAUUAGUGUUAAUGCCACGCUUUUGUGAGAUAAAAUAUAUAAUCUGAUUUUUUUUUUUAAAGGAAUAUGCAACACUUUAAGGUCGAUAUGAAAAACACCACACGGCCUUUUAGUUGUCAGUAUUAUAGGAAUACGUUCUGUUUGCCCUGCAGUACUUCUCACUGUGGAUUCAUCGUCCUAAAGCCAACUCAUUUUGCAUGUCCACCAUUUUGUUGUCUCCAGUAGUUUGUUAAGCGGCGGGCGGACUUGUUCUUUGUUGUCACGUUUAAGCCGGCUUUAUAAAGAUGAGUGGUAGAGGAAUCUACAAAAACA